CGAGUGUGUACGCCGGUGAAAGAGGUGUUGCAGAUCGGUUGUGCUGAUCGAUUGUUCUGUUUGUGAGUGGAAAACCUAAGCAGUGGAGGACUUGCCAGCUGCCCAUCACCUGCCUGCCUGCCAGAUGACCAGCACCACGAUGCAGACGGUUAUCAAAAACCCCAGCUGGUGGCGCCGCCGAACCGCGCUGGAAAAGGUUCUUACCCUUAUCAGUGCCGUGUGUGGAGUAGCCGUGGUGGCGUUGAUCAUAUCGCUGCUCGCAGUCGUCUUGACGGACAAAAUUCAGAGUGAAAGUAGCUCAUCGUCGGCUCAACCCUUGAUGGCCGGACGGCGUGGUAAAGCGCUGGCAACGCACCCGAACGCGUACAACGGAGUCACGGAGAAGAACGCCGAUAACAUCUGCCUCACGCCAGGAUGCAUCCAUUCGGCCUCGAAGGCGCUGGAUCAGAUGGACCAGGACGUGGAACCGUGCGAUGAUUUCUACAACUACGCCUGCGGGAAGUUCGUGAAGGAAACCAUCAUCCCCGACGAGAAGGUGUCGGUGAACACGUUCUCCGUGAUCGGGGAUCGCUUGCAGCAGCAGCUCCGGUCGCUUGUCAGCGAUGAGAUCACCGAAAAGGAAGCGACUCCGUUCAAGCUGGCCAAGAACCUGUUUAAGCUGUGCAUGAAUAAAACUCGCAUCGAGGAGAAGGGCAUCAAGCCGCUGUUGGACAUUCUGGAUACGCUGGGUGGAUGGCCGGUUCUGAAGGGCGACAACUGGGACACGGAUUCGUCCUGGUCUUGGGUUAAAUCUGUGAAAGACUUCCGCAACAAUGGCUACAGCACGGAUUACUUCUUCGAUUUCUCCAUCGGAAGCGAUUUGAAGAACUCCACCCGACGCAUCAUUGAUACCGACCAGGCAUCGCUGGGCAUCAGUCGGGAGUAUCUGGUGAAGGGCAUGGAAAACCCGAUCGUAUCGGCGUACUACAACUACAUGGUUGACAUGGCCGUGCUGUUGGGUGCCCAAGAAGAACGCGCUAAACGGGAGCUGAUGGAUUCGCUCAACUUCGAAAUGGCGCUGGCCAACAUUUCGCUGCCCAAUGAGAAACGCCGGAACGCGACCGCGCUGUACAACCCGAUGACGAUCAAGGAGUUCCAGCAGCGCUACCCGUACACCGACUGGUUGGAGUACUUCAACGCCAUCCUAAAGGACACCGGCAUCAUGGUCGACGAGAAGGAGGUGAUUAUCGUAAGCGUACCCACGUUCAUGGAGCAGCUCGGUCCGUUGCUACAGAACACACCGAAACGCGUCAUGGCCAACUACGUGAUGUGGCGCAUCAGCGGGUUCUCGUCGUUUUUCCUCACCGAGACGUUGCGCAAACGUCAGCUGCAGUACAGCACGGCGCUGAGUGGCAAACAGGAGCAGGAACCACGGUGGAAGGAGUGUGUCGACAUCACCUCCGGCAGUUUGCCGAUAUCGGUCGGUGCGCUGUACAUCCGCAAGUACUUCCGGGAGGACUCGAAGCGCGCCGCCCUGGACAUGGUGAACGACAUCAAGACCGUGUUCGUGGACAUCCUGAAAAAGGUCGACUGGAUGGAUGAGGUGACGCGCGUGUCGGCGCUGGAGAAGGUCUCCACGAUGGCCACGCACAUCGGCUACCCGGACGAGCUGAUGGACGACACCAAGAUUGCGGAGUACUACAAGGACCUGGAGUUCCAGCCGGACAGCAACUACCUGAACACGAUCCUGUACAUGAACAAGUUCGGUACGACGAAGGCGUUCAAGAAGCUACGCAUUCCGGUCAACAAAACCGACUGGAUCACGCACUCGAGACCGGCGGUCGUGAACGCGUUCUACUCCUCCAUCGAGAACAGCAUCCAGUUCCCGGCCGGUAUCCUGCAAGGACAGUUCUUCUCGUACGAUCGGCCAAAGUACAUGAACUACGGUGCGAUCGGGUUCGUGAUCGGUCACGAGAUCACGCACGGUUUCGACGACCAGGGCCGGCAGUUUGACAAGAACGGUAAUCUCGUCGACUGGUGGCAUGCGGACACCAAGAAGGCCUACCUGGAGAAGGCACGCUGCAUCAUCGAGCAGUACGGCAACUACACGGAAACGAACGUGAAGCUGAACCUGAACGGCAUCAACACGCAGGGCGAGAACAUUGCGGACAACGGUGGCAUUAAGGAGGCGUACUACGCGUACCGCAAGUGGACGGAAAAGAAUGGUCCCGAGGCUCGUCUCCCGGGGCUGAACCUAAGCCCGGAGCAGAUGUUUUGGCUGUCGGCCGCACAGACCUGGUGCUCGGUUUACCGUCCGGAGACGAUGAAGAUGCGCAUCACCACGGGUGUGCACUCGCCCGGGCAGUUCCGUGUGCUUGGUCCGAUGAGCAACAUGCAUGAGUUCGCUAAGGACUUUAACUGCCCCGUUGGGUCACCGAUGAAUCCGGAGCACAAGUGCGAGGUGUGGUAAAAGGACGACGCGGCUCAGCGCAUCCUCGGAACCGGCCCAAGGUGCAAAGUUUGCGAACGCCCCUUCAGCGGAAAAGCGGAGAAGCCUUCGGUUUCGUUACUUAAUUUAUUUAGUCGACGUGUUUUUUUUAUUUACGUUCCACUACUUCUGGCCGCGGGCUACAGCUCAGGCCAAUCGCGAACGCUACUUACAACCGAGCGGCAUCCCAGUUGUUUAGGGGUGUUGUUCGAUUAGUUGUUUCGUAAGAGAAGGAAAUAUUCUUCGACCGCUUUUAAUGGAGGACGUCCAGGGGGAACUUUCUUAAGUGCGGGUUUUGGGGGCGUUCAGUGUGGGGAAAAACAUAGAUAAACUCACAAACAUAGAGGAGCAUCAGCAUAAAAACGCUAGAUGAUUAAAAUUUUCCCAUGAAAUUCGUUCCGAAACGAAGAGAACAACAUUCAAUGGAGGAGUACUGUUGUUAAUGGACUUGGUAGAGAAUCGAACCAGCUUUGCUUUUAAAGGGAGUAACAACCCUGCGGUCGAGUCCUUACAUUUCUUCUCUUUGCUAUGUUUAAGUAGUUUAUACAACUAUAAGAAAGAUUCUCAUGCCGCGAACCGUGGGUUCUAUCAUUUUAUCAAACAAACACAAAUAU